UUUUGUUACGUAAAAUAAACAUCAUGGCUGCGCUCAGGAGAGUUUCACAAGGUGUUUUGCAAAAUGGGCAAAUUUUCUUGAAUGCAACAAAACAAUGCAAUGUUUACGCAGGAGUGAUACCAAAAACACAUUUUUCUACGUUUUUAAAGAAUGUUUAUACAAAACACAGCUCAAUUUUAAGAAGAAAAUGGAAAGUGUUGGCUUGCGUAAUUGGAACAGGGAGUCUGGGUACCGCACUUUUAUAUGACAAACAGAAAUAUGUGGUUAAUGCAGACUUUCCAGGACAAUCCAUAGCUCCAACCAAACAGAUUCGAUUUGAUGAUGACAAGACAGGACUGAAGCUAACGUUGUUCCAGUUUGUUACUUGUCCCUUUUGUUGUAAAGUUCGAGCCAUGCUCAACUACAAUGGAAUCUCGUAUGACGUUGUAGAGGUGAACUCCAUAACAAGAGAUGAAAUAAAAUGGUCUAAAUACAAGAAAGUACCGAUAUUGGUGGCACAGGGAGUUGGAGAAGAGGGAUAUGUGCAAUUGAAUGACUCCACUGUCAUUAUGAGUGUGUUGGAGAGUUAUUUGAACGACAAAACAGUUUCCCUCCAAAAACUCCUAACCUUCUACCCAACCAUGGACAAAGAGAUCAAAGGACGGUUUAGAAGUAAAACAGUCACAGAGACUCCCAACAAAAACUUUCUGAUGUUUCAGGAUCACUUAACAGACAAGAGAACCCCUGAAGAGAGAGCUGAGGAGCGGAGGAUUCGGGUGUGGGUGGAUACCGUCUUCGUUCACUUGAUCUCCCCCAAUGUUUACCGCACAAUGUCCGAGUCCCUGGACACGUUCCAAUGGUUCUCCAAGGCGGGAGACUGGGAAACCAACUUCACCGGCUUCCAGAGAAACACCAUCAUCUAUAUUGGAGGAUUUGUCAUGUACUUUGUAGGGAAAAAACUGAAAAGGAAAUACAACCUUCAGAAGGACGUGAGAGAGUCUCUUUAUGAGGGAGGAAAUGCAUGGGUUAACUUCCUCAAGGGCCGGAAAUUUGUGGGUGGAGACCAACCAAACCUGGCUGAUUUGUCCAUGUACGGGAUGCUGACAGCGAUGGAGGGGACGGAAGCGUUCAGAGACCUGGUGGACAACACGAAGCUCAAGCCGUGGUACGAUAGAACCAAGACAAUGGUGGAGGGGCACCAGGGAGCCAAUCGGGCGCGGGACGUCACCCGCAAGUAGUGGGUGUGGUCAGAGGGGGUGGUGUUCUUCCUGCUGCCUCCACCCCACAGGUGUCAAGCCCUGACUGUUUUCAGUGAACUGUGAUAAUGUCUGUGACAGUGAGAGUUAUUUAUAGACCUCAAUAUGAUCUACAGUCAGAUUUAUAAUCUGAACUCAACAAAUCAUGUCAAUCGACAAUGUGAUCAAAUAUGCAUAUUUGACCUUUGUGAAUGUGUUUAUGAUCUUUGUGAAUGUUGCAGUAAAUAAUGUUAAAGAG